ACUCAGCGCGCGUGGCGAGUGCAGACUGCGCCCGGCCCGGGCGGAGUUUUGCACUCGCCCCGCUCGAUCCAGCUAUAAAGGCGGCGCUCGCGCGCUCCGCUCCACCACGCCUCCUCCAGGUUCCUGCCAUCCAGCCGUUUCUGUGUGCGGACUCCAGCCACCGCUUGAUUCGCCAUGGACCCCAACUGCUCCUGUGCCACCGGUGGUUCCUGCACCUGCGCCGGCUCCUGCAAAUGCAAAGAGUGCAAAUGCACCUCCUGCAAGAAGAGCUGCUGCUCCUGCUGCCCCGUGGGCUGUGCCAAGUGUGCCCAGGGAUGCGUCUGCAAAGGGGCAGCGGACAAGUGCAGCUGCUGCGCCUGAUGUGGGGAGAGCCCCGCUUCCACGUGUAAAUAGAACAACAUGAAGAAACCUGCAUUUCUUUUUCUUUUUUUUUCUUUUUUUACGACCCUGACCCAUUUCCUACAUAUGCUUUUUCUAUAAAAUAUGACCGACAAUAAAUGUUGUUGACUUGA